AUGCUGAACGCACCUACCACGUGGUCUUCGAUGCUACCCAGCGCUUAUCCUAAACCGCUACGACCGGUCGUUCUACUUACUACCAUGGUCUCUCUUAUAUGGUCACUCGUAUUGGCAGUCAAAUUUGUUGAAGAUCGAACAGACGACUCGGAGACCAAACGGAUGAAAAUAUUUGAUGCCAUAUUGUCAGUCUUCUUUUUCGUCGUUGCUGCGUUGGAAGUAUUUGGAAUUGUAGCUGUUUUAUCACACAAGAUUCUCCUUGCGAGGCUAUACUUUUUUGUGUCCGGAUUGGCAGCUUUUCUGAUAUUUUCAGCCGAAUUGACUCGUUUAAUCGCGCACUUCGUCGUCAAGAGUGAUUUGAUCAAUGAUUGUCGAUCCGCACUGACCGGAGCCAAGGCAGAAACGUUGAAUGGAGCCGUCGCUAGUAUCGAUGCCACCGAAGCUUCGCGAUUAUGUGAAGGUGAUUGGCAAAGGGGGAUCUGGUGGGACCUGGGUUGGCUGGUCUUGACCAGUUGUUUAGCUCUAUUGUUCACUGGAAUAGUCGGUGCAUAUUAUCACCAAUUACUAGAUCCAUCAAGUAGUAGGACAGCCGAUAAUCGUGAAGAGACAGUAGAUCCUCGAUUUAACGGCAGAGUUCAAGAUGGACCUAAUGCCUACCCAAUGGAACCCUAUCAAAAUAUGGCCUAUCAAACACCCCAGCAUCAAGAUGUGCCAUUUGUACCACCACAGUAUACCAUGCCUCCAGAAUACCGACCAGCUCCUGGAUUUCCUGGUGAACAGCAUAAAAAUGACAACAAGGAAGCACUCGAAAGAGUCAGCCUGUCUGAUCCACCCCCGAGAUAA